AUGAUCGCAAGUCAAGUGCGAUCAUCUCUUCCUUAUCAGGUUCUAAUUCACAUCAACAAGCCCUUCUCGAUAUGCCUUUGGUGCUUUUUGAUCAUUGUCUACUUCUAUAAAGGACAAGUGCUACCAUAUCCGAAUCAUGUUCGGAUCAUGGAGUUUUUGAUCAUUUUACUCUUUGCACCGAUUGAGAUGUUUCGACUGAAUUCGGCUACUCGUGGAAAUUUGACGGAAACACCAGCUUAUGUCGGUUUUUCGGCACUUCUCAGUUUGCCCUCCUUUGUCAUUUGUGUUUAUCUUGGGAUAUUUCAGAACUUUAUCCUAUUGCUAGAAGAAGUGGUUGUCUGCAUCGAAGCUGUUCUCAUCAUUUUGGAAACUCUUCUCAGCUUGGUGCUUUUUGCUACACUUUCAAGGCCCACGACCAUCGGA